AUGUUGCCUUGCGACAACACAUUGAAACAGGCUAGCAUCAUCGGACGAACAAGUGCUGCCAAAUAUGAUCCAUCUUCCAAGCACUCUCUCGGCUCAUUGGCAAACCAACUGUUCAUUCAACAAAUCAUUCGUGACAAGUUUCGAAACUACACGAUCUUAACAAUUGCACAUCGACUGAACACCAUCAUAGACAAUGAUCGUAUUGUGAUAAUGAACAACGGAAUCGUCACCAACUAUGGAAUACCACAACAAUUAUUAUCACAUAUAGAUGAAACUCAAGAAGAAGAAGAAACGGACACAUGUCUUUAG